UACAAAAUAAAUACUUUAAUAAUGCCAUGUAUUUUGGUGGAUUGAAAUACAAUUAAAUUAUACCUAAAACAACUGUAUAUUUUACYAAUAAUAUAAAAUGUAAAUACAACAAUUAGAUGAAAAAUAUACUAGCACAACACAAUUUUCAGGCAUAGAAUGCUGGAUUCUAGAACAAAAUUUAUAUUAUUACACGAUCGAAGACUUUUUAUAAAGCAACAUCAUACUAUAUGGACAAAAAUUAUAAAUGUUGUGUUUAUUAGAAAAUACCGUUUUAAAGAAAUGUAUGAAUUAUCCACUGUUCCAUUUCCUGCUCCAAUCAAAGGRGCAUUGGUUACACUGAGACUAGACAUAUGGAAUAAAAGAAAUUUUCAAAAAAAAACAAAUUUAUUCAUUGACAAAGUUUCAGAUCUACAAGGAAAUUCACUUAAAGUAGUUACUUUUAAUUAUAUUCCAUCAGCAAUAAAAAAAUCAUUAUUAAAUGAAAACGAAGAAAAUUCUGGUUAUACAAAGGGUUUAGAAAUUGAGGUUCUUAAAUCACUUGGAAGUGCAAUGAAUUUUAUUCCAAUAAUUUAUGAACCAAUAAAUUGGCGAACUGAACAAUGGGGUAAAAAGCAAAUAAAUGGAACUAUAUCAGGAUUGUUAGGAGAAGUAUGGUCGGCUCGUGCUGAUUUGGCACUGGGCAAUUUACAUUACACACCGUAUCAUCUAAAUAUUUUAGAUCUAUCCAUUCCUUACAACACAGAAUGUCUAACAUUCUUAACAUUUGAAUCAAAAACUGACAACUCUUGGAAAACAUUGAUUCUUCCUUUCAAAUUAAAUAUGUGGGUUGGCGUACUUAUAACACUUCUUAUUGGAGGUUUUUUGUUUUAUGCCCUUGCAACAGCUCAUAAACAUAUUGAAGAAAAUAAAAAAUGUAAUCAAYUCACUAACAAAGAUGUAAUAGGAUUAUAUUUGUUUGAGGACAUAGGGAAUAGUAUUUUAUAUACUUAUGGGAUGUUAGUAGCUGUAUCAUUGCCAAAAGUACCCAGUGGAUGGGCUAUAAGAAUUUUAACAGGGUGGUGGUGGAUGUACUGUUUAUUAGUUGUAGUUGCUUACAAAGCUAGUAUGACAGCGAUCCUAGCUAAUCCAGAUACAAGGGUUACAAUUGAUACAUUGGAAGCUCUUGCUGAUAGUAACAUUAACUGUGGAGGAUGGGGAGAACAAUCAAAAGAAUUUUUCAUGACUUCACUAGAUAAAACUGGACAAAGAGUUGGUCAAAAGUUUCAAGAAGUUUAUGAAGUCGACGAAGCUAUAGACUUAGUAUCUAAAGGACAAUUUGCAUACUAUGACAAUAUACAUUUUUUGAGAUAUAUAAAAGUAAUKCAAAACACCAAAACAUCUGAAAAAAAUUCCCAGUUCAUUAAUGGUAAUCAAAAAUAUUAAUAAUUUGAUACAAAAUAGGUUAAAGAUUAUUAUAACCUUUUUAUAGUUUUAAUUUUUUAAAUGAUUAGUGUGUUUCAUUCAAUUUUUCAAUCAUUAUCUGAAAAUGUUUCCUGUGCUCUAUUCAGGAUUAGAAUGUCUUAAUUUGCACAUGGAUAUUGAUCAUKUUAAUGCUAGUAUAUAUUACAAAAUAUUUGRUCACCAUACCUAAGAUAACUGUCAUUGGCUCAGUUAUACUUUGUUGCACAAAUUACAAGACAAUAUGCUGUGCAAAUACGAGAAUAGAUCUGCUCUGUGUAUCCCCCCAACAAAUGCGUGAAUAUAGUGGUGCCAGUCAACAUCAACAGCAGCUGAUUAAAUUUGUAUUGUGCACUAUGAUCAGUGACAUUUAACACGUCAUGGAAAGGAUUUAAUGGUCUAGUAGGUGGAUGGACCUUAUUCUACAUGUGAAGAACUGGCUUGUUCUUUCGUGGAAUAAAGURUAGAAGAAUUAUUCAUCUGCAAACUUAGGCAUUCUUAUCCUGGACAGAGUAUAUAUAUUUUUACUUAACUUAAAAACCUAUCAAUAAUCAAUAAAAAGAUAUGACCUAAAAUUUAUUUAUUUACUAUGUAGCUCAUAAUGAAAUACUGAUUUGUAAAAUAAAACAAAACAGUGGCGCCGAAUUCUUUAAAAUAUAGUAUAGUAUUGUACAUCAAAAGGCCCC